CAGCCAGUCCAGCACGGCCACGCAGGCCCACGCAGGCGCAGCAGCCGAGCGGACUAGCGGGCCGGGCGGCACAGUGUCAACAAACAGGGCUUCCGAUACGUGGACGACGAGGGUGGCAGCACGCCGCCCGCAAGGAGCUUCCUCGAACCGCCGCAGGACACAGGGAGCAGCGCUGUCCCCGGCGGCAGCGAGCCGAGCAGACCGAGGCGGAGGCUGAAGCCAGGAGGACGACAGACGGCGCGACGAGACGACGACGUACGGACCGCAGCGAGAGAUUGUUGUCCACGCACCUCCCCGGGGACGUGAGAGGAAUUUGAGCGCAACUCGGCGUCGAGACUCAACGAAAAUGAGGUGGGCAGUGUUGGUGCUUCUGCUGGUGGCCGUGCUGGCACUGGCUGCAGCCGGGAGCUCCAAAGGGCACUCGAAGGGCAAGAAGGACUCCAAGGACCUGAAAGCAAAGGAGGGCAGAUCGUUGGACGCCAAGAAGAGCGAGUUCAAGGACGGCACGAACAAGAAAUGCCAGGGAAAGAAGUGCAGUGGCGGCGAGAAGUACGUCAAGGACAAGAACAAGAAGGCCCUGGAUGAAGCCGAGGCCGACGGGCAGACGGAGGUCCGCGGCAAGCGCGAGGCCCCCGUGCUCGCCGAGGAGGACCAAGCUGCGGAAGAAGGGCAAGAAGGUCCCCGCCGGCGGCGACGUGAAGGGCAAGCUCGGCAAGAAGGCCAGCAAGUCCAAGAAGCAGGUGGAGGCCGUCGCCGAGGAGGAGGUGGCCGCCGCGGAGGAGCCCGUCCAGGAGGAGGCCAAGCCCGCCAAGGCGUCGAAGAGCAAGAAGGUGAAGAGGAGCGCCGACGCGGCCGGGCUGGAGGCGGAGGAGGUGCCUCUGUCCGAGAAGGCGUCCAAGGGCAAGAAGAAGAAGGCAACCGAAGCGGAGCUCAACAAGAAGAAGCAGAAGGCCAAGAAGGUGCAGCCGGAGGAGCCCCAGCAAGCCGAGGACGCCGCCGACGUUGCCGACGCCGCCCCCGCGGCCGACCCCGCGGGGCCCUCUGGAGUCGCGGAGACGUGUGCCAAUGACCAGUGUGCCAACGAGGAGUAGGGCCGCCGUGCCGCGCAGCGCAGGCAGGGCUGGCGGGCAGGGCGCUCUGAAUGUCCCUCACUUAUUGCCAAUUUGAGAGGCGAGCCGUGCCGUGCCAGGCCCUAGCCCUAAUGGACCUGCUGGGCCGCGGGGCGCCACCCAGACGGACGCCCAUCGGCCCCACCCGACUCUCAAAGCUUUUCUUGUUAAUUAUCUGACAUUUCCCGUCGCCGUGGGUUGUCGCGGCGUUUCCUUAAUUUUGACGUUUACAAGGCGUGAAUGUAGAUACCUUUUUAUUUGUCCGUUGAAUCGUUGUUGUAAAUUAUUCGAAAGUUGCUCAUCUAUUUAUUGUUUUUUUUUUAAAGGCUGCAAUUGGUGUCAUUGCUAUGCUGAGUUUUUUCUAUUUCACGCUGCCAUGCUAGAAAUCUGUAGUUGUGCAAUGCCUCGCCACUGGCGAUACCGCUACAUCAGACUUCGUCUGACAAGGUCCGUCUUUUUUUUUAUCGGUGAUUUUUCGCCCCAUCAUUUCAAAGGUUUCUGUUGAGGGGGACUGAUUUGCACGUGUUGACAGUCAUAAUACGACUUGUUAUUUAUUUUGUGGUCGCGAUCAUUUUAAUUUAUACCUACUGUUAAUGUGUCUUUGUUAUCAUUGUCAUGUUUUAUCAAUGUAGUCAUUUGGUGCCAUAAUAAAGGGAGAUCUCCACAUU